UGUUGUCAACGUUAUAGCUACAUAUGAAAGUGGUGAGGUUUGAUGGGAAAUGACUGGAAGAUGCCAUUAGGUAUGAGACCACCUGCAGCACUUUUUCAGCUGAUGAUUGCUUUUGUACUCAUAUUUCUGGUAUGUGAGGCACAAUUGUUUACUAACCACUGGGCGGUGAGAAUUAGUGGAGGUCAAGAACAUGCAGACCGGAUUGCCGAAAAGUAUGGAUUUCUGAAUAUGGGACAGAUCGGGGGUCUGAAGGACCACUACCACUUCCAGCAUCCAAGAAUCAUCAAACGUUCCACAGUAGCAAGCAGAGAGAAACAUAGCCUCAUUGCUACAGAGAGCAAGGUGAAGUGGAUCCAGCAGCAGGUGCUUUACAGGAGGGUGAAACGAAUCAGCAGAGCCACCGAGACCCAGUUCAUCAGCUUCAAUGAUCCAAAAUGGGACAGCAUGUGGUACAUUCGCUGUGAUCAGAACUGCACGACUGACAUGAACAUUAGGGCUGCAUGGAGCCGAGGCUACACUGGGAAAGGGGUCGUGGUCUCUAUUUUGGACGAUGGUGUGGAGACACAACAUCCAGACCUGAAGCAAAACUAUGAUGCACAAGCUAGCUAUGAUUUUGACGGGAAUGAUGCCGACCCAUCACCACAAUAUGAUGCAAUGGAUAAAAACAGACAUGGAACGAGAUGUGCCGGAGUGGUGGCUGCUACUGCGAACAACUCACUGUGCACCGUUGGAAUUGCCUACAAUGCCAGGAUCGGUGGUAUCCGAAUGUUGGAUGGUGACAUGACGGACAUGGUGGAGGCCAAAUCGCUGAGCCUGAGACAGCAGUACAUUGACAUUUACAGCUCGAGCUGGGGGCCGGAAGACGACGGAAAAACUGUGGAUGGUCCUGGACGCCUUGCUCGCCUCGCUUUAGAAAACGGCAUACGUAAAGGCAGAAAAGGGCGUGGUUCCAUAUUUGUCUGGGCAUCAGGAAAUGGGGGAAGAAAUCAGGAUCACUGCUCAUGUGACGGGUACACAAACAGCAUCUACACCAUCUCUGUGGGAAGCACCACCCGGAGUGGGAACAAGCCUUGGUAUCUGGAGGAGUGUUCCUCCACUCUGGCCUCCACCUACAGCAGCGGCGAAAGCCUUGGGAUUGUGACGACAGAUCUAAGACAGGGAUGUACUGGUGAGCACUCCGGCACCUCAGCUUCCGCUCCCAUGGUUGCGGGAAUCAUCGCUCUGACUUUGGAGGCAAAUCCUUUGUUGACUUGGAGGGAUGUGCAGCACAUCAUCGUGAAGACGUCCCGCCGAGCCCAUCUAAUUGCCCCUGACUGGUACACCAAUGGAGCGGGAAAUAAUGUGAGCCACCUAUAUGGAUUCGGGUUGAUGGACGCAGAGGCGAUGGUGAAAGAAGCUGAGACGUGGCGGCAGGUUCCCACACAACAAACGUGUGAUGAGAUCAUUAUUGACAAACCAAGAGUGAUUAGUCCAGGCCGGGUGUGGCGCUUGGUGCACAAGUCUUUAGGUUGCGCUGGAGAGCCUGGCAGACAUGUGAUGUAUCUGGAACAUGUAAUUUUACGCAUCACCAUCACACAUCCACAUCGUGGAGACCUGUCUAUAACCUUAACCUCUCCAACAGGGACCAAAUCUCAGCUCCUUGCCAUCCGACCCAAUGAUCACUCCCCUGAUGCCUUUACAAAGUGGGAGUUCAUGACCACACACUGCUGGGGUGAGCGCGCAUCAGGAGACUGGAUCCUAGAAAUCAGUGACACUCCAUCCCGGAAGAGGAACCCCGCAGUGCAAGGGAAACUAAAGGAAUGCAGUCUGGUGCUUUAUGGCACCUCUGAGCACCCAUACAAACGGCACAAACAGCCCCGGUCAGCCGAGAUGUCCAGCGAAGAUGACACUGAAGAAUAUAAUAGGUCUUGUGAUCCAGAAUGCAGUGAGGACGGCUGCGAAGGACCGGGUCCGCAUCAAUGUGUUUCCUGCUUGCACUUUUACUUAAAGUUUAAGAAUGGCACCAGGACAUGCCUGUCCCAGUGUCCACAAGGCUUCUGGGGGGACAGGAAGCGAUGCAGGAAGUGCUACUCUACCUGUCUGACGUGUACAGGAAGCCGUGGUGAUCAGUGUUCCUCGUGUGCGCCUGGAUACUAUUUGGAUCAGGAGACAAAGAGAUGCGUGACCAGCUGUGGAGACGGAUAUUACCUCGAUUACGAGGAGAAUGCGUGUUGGAAAUGUAGCGAAAACUGUGCCGAAUGUACAUCGUUCAGUAUCUGUACUGAAUGUCCAGGAGGCAUGGGCUUGAUAGGAAACAAAUGCCAGAAAACAUGUGAGCCUGGAACCUUCUACCACAAGCAGAAAGAUUCCUGUGAACCGUGUCACUCGUCCUGCGCCACCUGCUCAGCUGCAGGUUCGGAGUCGUGCACUCACUGUGCUGAUGGUUACGUGAUGGAGGAGUGGAAGUGUGUGUCCUCCUGCAGUCAAGGAUUUUAUCCUGUACAAAUUCCUCCUGACCUCACAGGACAAACUCAGGCCUAUUGCAGGAGGUGUGAUGUGAGCUGUCUAGCCUGUACUGGGCCAGGCGAAGGGAACUGCAGUGAGUGUGUGGAACGGCUCGUGCUGCAGGAUGGAGCGUGUGUUCUGACCCAUAACUGCGCUGAUGGAGAGUACCAGGAUGAGCGUGGGAACUGCCACGCUUGUGACAGCACUUGUCUUAAGUGCAAAGGACCAAAGACUGAUGACUGUGUCGGGUGUGCGUCCAACCGCUUGUUGGACAAGGGUCGGUGUGUGACACACUGCUCAGAAGGUAAAUACCCGUCCAGUGGACAGUGCCAUGUGUGUGACCACUCCUGUGCUCAGUGUCUGGGUGCUGGCCCUUCUGACUGCACCAGCUGUGACAAAGACAGGUUUGGCCAGGACCGUUACCUGUAUGCCGGGGAGUGUGUGACCACAUGCCCUGUGGCUCAUUUCCACACUUCAGUGAAGACAUGUGAACCGUGUCCUGAGCACUGCAGUCUCUGCUCCUCUGCCACACACUGCCUAAAGUGCAACAGUUCGUAUUAUCUCAGCCAGGGAACGUGCACGGCCCUUGAGUGUGGAGAGGGAGAAGUUGAGGACCCGGAGUAUGAUGACUGCAUGGCAUGUGAAGAAGGAUGCAAGAAGUGUGUACUCUAUAACCCCAAACACUGUCUCUCCUGCUCUGAUGGCUAUUACAAGUAUGAGGAGGGCUGCUACAAGCUCUGUCCUGCUAAGACCUAUGCUGUGGGGGACACGAUGACAUGUGUGGCCUGUGAGCGUGACUGUGUGAGCUGUGAAGGAGACGAGUGCCACUGGUGCGAGGCGGACUUCUUCCUACUGGACGGAAAGUGUAUGCGUGAGUGUCCAGAUGGAUUUUAUGCUGACGAGGACACUCAGGAGUGUGAGGAGUGUUACACAGGCUGCAAGACCUGCACUGGACCAGAGGAAGACGAGUGUGACCAAUGCCACGAGGGUCUUGUCAUGGUGAACGGAGUGUGUGAAGCAGAACAAGAGAGGUGUCCUGCUAAAACCUUCCUCACUGAUGAAAGAGAAUGUGAGGCAUGCCAUCCCUCAUGUCAGGUGUGCUGGGGUGGGCAAAAGAAUCAGUGCACCACCUGUGUCACAGGACGGUAUCUGAGUUCUGACCAGCAGUGUGUGACACGGUGUCCGGCCGGAAGCUUUGGUAAUAAGGAGAGCUGGCAGUGUGAGGCGUGUCCUCAGGGUUGCGCCCAGUGCCAGGAUAAUCAACGCUGCAUGCGCUGCUUGUCUACUCGUAAGAGCUCCCUCUACCUGCUGAAUGGCCAAUGUGUGCGCCAGUGCUCCAGAGGCUACUACCCUGUUGGAGCAGUGUGUAAGAGCUGUGCCCCCGGUUGCACAUCAUGUGAGCAAAGUGCCACAAACUGUCUCAGCUGUCAGCAGCCGUUAGCGCUUCACGAACAGCAGUGUGUGAAAGAGUGUCCCCGUGCACAUACGCUCCGGGGCGGUGAGUGUACGCGCUGUCCAGAGGGGUGUCUCCAGUGCUCUGAGGAUGCCCAGUGCACAAAGUGUGAAAAGAGUUAUCUGCAUGAGGCGGGGUGUGUGUCUGAAUGUCCUCGCGGGUUUUAUGAGAAGACAGAGGAAGGUGUGUGUGCCCGUUGUCACUCAGAUUGUGAGUCGUGUCAUGGACCGGGCUCUAAAGACUGUGACUCGUGCGCCGAUCCUGAGAGCGCCCUGCGCAGCGGGACGUGUGUUUCAGCCUGUCCGUCACAAACUUACAGAGACAGCAGGUCUGGGGGGUGUAUGGUGUGUCACAGCACUUGCCAGGCCUGCUCUGGUCCACUGGACACGGACUGCACCAGCUGCCCAGAGGGCCUGAGAACAGACACACAUGGGCGCUGUGCCACACCCACCAGCUGCCCCUCACACCACUACAGCGACCGUGAUGGUGCGUGCCACCUGUGUCACAAACACUGCAAUCAGUGUGCCGGCCCGGCCCACAGCCAGUGCCUCAGCUGCUCCCUGAACCACUACCUGCUGAACGGUUCCUGCAUACACGAGUGUCCCUUAGGUUUCUUCAGUGGAGAGACCCAGAGGUGUGAGCCGUGCCAUCCUAACUGUCUGAGCUGCACAGGGCGCCACAGCCACGAGUGCCUGAGCUGCAGAACCCAUCUGUAUCGAGAAGGCAAGGAGUGUGUGGACACCUGUAGACCUGGUCACUAUGCAGAUGAAGAGCUGAGGGUGUGUAAGCAGUGCGAGGCAACGUGUGCAGUGUGUACACAAACCGAGGGGUGUGUGAGCUGCACGGAAGGGCUGCUAUUAAUAAAAAAGCAGGGCGGGUGUGUGUCCUCCUGUCCAUCUCAUCAUUACCAUGACACAAUCCACAGCACCUGUGAGCCCUGCCACACCACCUGUAGGACAUGCACAGGUAAAGGGGUUAAGGACUGCAUCUCAUGUCAUCCAGGAGACUCACUCUCAGAGGGUACCUGUGAUUCACUCUGUGCCAUGGGGGAGUACUACGCAUCUGAGCUGGAGGAGAACUAUAACUGUAAACCCUGUGACCAGUCAUGUGUGGAGUGUCAGGGACCUGGUCCACAAAACUGCACAGCCUGUCCUACACAGUUCAUUCUAGCCACCGAGGGGCGCUGUCUUCCAUGCUGUGGGAAACAGGAUAUAGGGGAGAAAGACCCCAUGGAAGAGCAAGAGGAGUGCUGUAACUGUACACAGACCAGGGGUGAGUGUGUCCUCAGCACAAACUUUGCCUUCCGCAACCAUGAGGAACUGGAGCACUCGGGCAACAUGUUCAUCUUCAUCACCACCUCCAUCCUGCUCAUGCUGGGUAUUGGAGCUGUAAUUGUGUUCAUCGCGCGGUCCUUCUCCAAACGCCCGACCCCUGAAUCCACAGUUGGCCGCGGCUACGAAAAACUGGGCAACAGCGGUGGACGGGACAUUUUCCGCGGAGGUAUGACAUCAUCUUCAUCAACAUCUUCCAGGAACGCAGGAGGGUAUGGUUACGGGUAUUUACACGAGGACCAGCUGGUGGACCUGCGUGACAAGAGAACGGCUCUGAACGAUGAUGAUGAUGAGGACGAUGAGGAUGAAGAUAUCGUGUACAUGGGGCAGGAUGGUACGGUGUACCGCAAGUUCCGCUUCGGGCAGCUGGGCGAGGACCCGGACGAUCAGCUGGAGUAUGACGAUGAGAGCUAUCAUUUUAAAUAAUACUGUUAGUAGAAAUGAAAAAUGGAUUUGGAGAUGAAGCUGUUGAACAGAGACAAUAAAACAAGUAACUGUGGAUGAUUUGAGUAGUGGUUGGUUGUGUGGAUCGAAAUGAUAUAGCGAGAUGAUAUAUAUUUAAUUAUGCAUCGAAACACAUUCAGGUAACAACGAGUUUGUAUAGUUUACGAGCAAUUUGGCAAAAGGUACCAAUAACUUAACUCUCAUGAAUCUGUAUUGUAUUGUCUUUAGUUUACAUUUGACUGAAAAAUAUCCACCUUGUUUGUUUUCUGAACAGAACCAUAAACCUAUAAACGUUUCAAUGUCUUAUUUUGUGGAUGUACAUGGUGAUUAGGUUGCCAUUUCCUUUCUAGGUCCUUCGCAUUAGUUUGCUGUCAUCGGUUUUGUUGUGGACUUUUUUUGUUGCUGUAAAAUGUUAU